AUGUCGUCGGCAAAAGCCACCAAGAAGAGCGCGUUCUCGUGCGAGCCGUGCCGCAGACGCAAGGUCAAAUGCGGCGGCGAGCAGCCCAUGUGCCAACGCUGUGCUGCUCGCAAUGAUGAAUGCGUAUACAAGCUGAACCCAACGCUGUCGUACACGCAGCGUCUUGAAGACCGCAUCAAGGAGCUGGAAGAGCAGCUCGCAAAGGCCACGGCGACAUCAACACCACCACCUGCGGCCGCCGAAAGCAAAUCCCCCAUAUCAGCUCACUCAAGCCCUUCGCCCUUUGGUGGCACCCCGCAAGAUGGACGGCAGCAGGUCGACGACAGCAUCAGCCGGAGUUUCCGAGGACUCAAGAUAGACGACAAAGGCAGCAUCACGUACCACGGGACUACGAGCUUUUUCAACCUCCCCAGCGAUCGCACCUCCGCGGUCACGGCAGUUGACGUGCACCCCACGGCAACCGAUAUCGAGAGUCAGCGAAGAGAACGACUCGUCUCAAAUGCGUGGCAACAACGCGUGUUGGAGGAGCACUCUGGGAUUCCUGAACCGUUCCAGACACUUCUGAAUGUUCACUGGUGCUGGAUCCAGCCCCUUUUCAACUUCAUCUACCGACCUGCAUUUACCCGCGAUAUGCAGUCCUUGGGUCCGUAUUACUCUCAUACACUGUUAAAUGCCGUUUUGUCGCAUUCAAUACGCUGGGCAAAGAGCGAUCCCAAUACACGGCGAAUACUCGACGAGUCGUACGACGGUGGCGCAGUCUUUGGCAAGCAUGCUCGCAGUAUGCUGUUUGAAGAGCUGAGUAGAGGUGUCUGCACGAUUCCGACUAUCCAGACACUGCUCCUCCUGAGCGCUCAGGAGUGCAGUCUCGGAAACACAACCCAAGCUUGGACAUAUAGUGGCUUGGCGUUCCGAUUGAUUGACCACUUGGGAAUUCAUGUCGACGGGGAACGCUAUCCUGGGUCAGUGCAGUUCAGCGACGAAGAGGUAGAGAUCCGGCAUCGAGUCUUUUGGUCGUGUUAUUUCUGGGACAAAGUCAUUAGUCUUUAUCUCGGUCGAUCACCAUCGUUAAAACACACCAUGGUAUCUCCGCCUCAAAUCAUGUUUGAUGACUCUGCUGAGAACGAGUUGUGGGUUCCCUUUGGAGCGCCUCCACUUCAAACGGCACCGUGGAAGUACCCACCUGCCACGGCCCAUUCGGCGUCAUGUUUCCUGAGCAUGUGUCGUUUGUCCGUCAUUUUCAAUGAGAUUUUGAUUCACAUGUAUGAUCCACUGAUGCAGAAUACAGAGGCCGAGAUUCUAGAGUGCUUGGUCGCUCAGGAACCGGCGUUGCAGCAGUGGUGGGAAGAGUUGGCGCCAUAUCUGAAGCUCGAUCCUGCAGCUCUGCCGGCACUGGCCCCACCGUCUCACAUUGUCACCAUGAACUGCCUCUUCCAGACGUUUAAAAUUCUCCUUUACCGUCCAAUGCUCACUCGAAGAAAUCUGGAAGACAAUGUAGCCUCUCAUAAGCGUUAUCUUGUCGAAUGUGUAACGUCCGCUACGGCCAUCAUAGCCAUCUUUGACCUGUUUUGUCGCACAUUCACCAUGAACUAUUGCGUACUGUCUCUCGCAUACAGCCUCUACAUUGCUUCAUCAAUCUUCUUGCUCCAGGUUCAAGCUGCUCCCGAUGAUGCACAGGCCCUGGGACGCCUGAAUUACUGCAUCCAGGCUCUGAAGCAGGUCAAGACUUUCAGCCCAGUCAUCGGUAGCGCCAUCGACUUGUUGAAUAAGGAGCUUUCAGCAAUCGGGAUUUCACUGGAUGUGCAAGAGCAGUACCAGCCCCCUCCAGCCCCCUCUCCUAACUUUCAUCCAGAAAGCUCAAUGUAUCCAAGUGUCGAAGUGCCCUCUCCGCAACCACAGACGGCUCACCCGUUAUUUCAAGUGUCUCCAGCGCCUAGCUAUGGCUCCCAAAGCAUGUCCAUGGAUCCAGGCAUCUUCGAGGCCAUGUCGUCUCUAGAGCCACUCAGUGUUCGCGUUGGCGCCCUUCCCAAUUCCGAGAACCAGGCCCCUUUCCAGUGA